AGCUGCUUUGCUGUGUUCCUGCUGCCAAUAAAAGGAGAGAUUUGGGUUUCAGUUGGCCAAGGUGUGUAAGUGUCAACUCUUACAGCAUGGCUUCUCUUCAAAUGUUCUAUCAUCCCAGAGCUCUUGUGCAUCUCUUGAUUUUGUGCUUAUUUUUGGAGACUGCUUAUGGUCAAGACAAUUGGAAGAAACCACUUUCACUAGAUAUGAUAAUUUCUCCAAUGGAAAAGCCAAACAAGUUUACAGCAACCCUCCGGGUUAGAAAUAAUGUAGGCCAAUGUGUGGCGGUGAAAGUUAGUACUGAGAUCAAUCCAAACAUCAAGUACAUUUCUUCUCACGCUAUUUACACUUCCUGCCUUUGCAGUGUAAACAACUACUUCUGGGAUAUUCAAGUCUCUACCAAUACUGCCUUACAAGGGAAGGCAGAAGUUGUUCCAGCUAGGGGUAUAUGUCCUGAUGAUGAAAACGUAUUUCCAGAAACUUCCUACGUAGGGACUGCUACACAAAAAGUCGUUGUGUCAUGAACUGGAAAAUGUCUCCCAUACAUCCAUGUCACCAAACUACCUGUGGAGAA